AUGACGGAGGCGGCGGGGCGCAAGGAGGGCCGCGGGGGCGACAGCAGCGGCAGCAGCGACGGGAGCGAGGCGCUGCAGAAGGAGCUAUCGCUCGCCCUGACGGGCCUGGCGGAGGCAUCUGCCGAGGUGAGGCUGGAGAAGGCCGCGCUUCGCGAGAAGGAGGAGCUCAACGGGAAGUGGCUGCAGAUUCUCGAGGCCGCCAGGCGCGAGCGGGUGGAUCUGGAUGCGAAGUCGUCGGCUCUGAGGGGCAGGUGCGCCGUGCUCAAGGAGAGGAGGGGGCGGCUGCAGCAGGAAGUGGACCGGAGCCGCGCCCAGCUCUUCAUGAUCGCGGCGGACGGUGGAAGGUGUGUGUGGGGCGUGCACUCAUGGAAACGCAUGCGGUGGCCGUUAGGCCGUUGA